AGUUUGCCGAGUGUCGCCGGCGGGGACGAAGAUAACACCAUGCGGUUCCCUGACCUGAGACCCUGGGCCUUCCUGCUGCUGGCUGACUGGGCUCUGCUCUGGCUGCUUCAGGGGACCCUGGGCGCUCGCUUUCCCCGGGGGCUUCCAGGCCUGUGGCUGGAGGGGACCCUGCGGCUUGGGGGGCUCUGGUGGCUGCUAAAAGUGGGAGGACUGCUGGGGCAGGUGGGAGCGCUGCUGCCCCCGCUCUGCCUGGAGACUCCGCUGUUCCUCUCCCUGAGGGCCCUGGUCCCAGGGCUCCUGAGCGCCCCCCUAGUCGGAGUGGCUGCAGCCCCCUGGAGCGGGCGGCUGGUGGGGUACGGGGCUGCGUGGCUGAGCUGGGCAAUGUGGGCUCUGCUGAGCUCCCCGGAAGCCCGGGAGGGGGAGCAGGGCCAGGAGAAGAACACAGACUUGAUGUGGAGGCUGCUGAGGCUCUCCUGGCCAGACCUGCCUUACCUCGUCGCAGCCUUCUUCUUCCUUGUUGUCGCUGUGUUGGGUGAGACGGUCAUCCCUUACUAUUCUGGUCGUGUCAUUGAUAUCCUGAGAGGUGAUUUCAACCCUGACGCCUUUGCCACCGCCAUCUUUUUCAUGUGCCUCUUCUCCAUUGGAAGCUCACUGUGUGCUGGCUGCCGAGGGAGCUGCUUCACUUUCAUCAUGUCCAGAACCAAUGUGCGGGUCCGGGAGCAGCUUUUCUCCUCCCUUCUGCGCCAGGACCUUGGUUUCUUCCAGGAGACUAAGACAGGGGAGCUGAAUUCAAGACUGAGCUCAGAUACCAAAUUGAUGAGCUGCUGGCUUCCUCUUAAUGCCAAUGUGCUCUUGAGAAGUCUGGUCAAAGUGGUGGGGUUGUAUGGCUUCAUGCUGAGCCUGUCACCUCGACUUGCCCUCCUCUCUCUGCUCAAGGUGCCUCUGGCAAUAACUGCUGAAAAGGUGUACAAUGUCCGCCAUCAGGCAGUGCUUCGGGAGAUCCAGAAUGCUGUGGCAAAAGCAGGACAGGUGGUGCAGGAGGCAGUUGGAGGGCUGCAGACUGUGCGCAGUUUUGGGGCCGAAGAGCACGAGGUCUGUCUGUAUAAGAAGGCGGUGGAGCGAUGCCGGAAGCUGCGGUGGCAACGAGACCUGGAACGUGCCCUCUACUUACUCUUUCAGAGGAUGCUGCACUUGGGCAUGCACGUGUUGAUGCUGAAUUGUGGACGGCAGCAGAUCCAGGCUGGGGACCUCACCCAAGGUGGGCUGCUCUCCUUUCUGCUCUACCAGGAGGACUUGGGCCAUUAUGUGCAGACCCUGGUGUACAUGUGUGGGGAUAUGCUCAGCAACAUAGGGGCUGCUGAGAAGGUGUUUCAGUACUUGGAACGAAAGCCAAACCUGCAUCCUCCGGGGACGCUGGCCCCUCCCACUCUGCAGGGCCUGGUGGAAUUUCAGGAUGUCUCCUUUGCAUAUCCCAACUGCCCUGACCAGUCUGUCCUCAAGGGGCUGACCUUCACCCUUCGUCCUGGCCAGAUGACGGUGCUGGUGGGGCCCAAUGGGUCUGGGAAGAGCACCGUGGCUGCCCUGCUGCAGAAUCUGUACCAGCCCACCAAGGGGCAGCUGCUGCUGGAUGGGAAGCCCCUCUGGCAGUAUGAGCAUGGCUACCUGCACCGACAGGUGGCUUCAGUCGGGCAGGAGCCUGUGCUGUUCUCAGGUUCUGUGAGAGACAACAUUGCCUACGGGCUGCAGAGCUGCAGUGACGAGAAGGUGCUGGCAGCUGCCCAGGCUGCCAACGCAUCCAGCUUCAUACAGGAGAUGGAACAUGGACUAUAUACAGAUGUAGGGGAGAAAGGGAACCAGUUGGCUGUGGGACAGAAACAAUGCCUGGCCAUUGCCCGGGCCCUCGUGCGGGACCCACGAGUCCUCAUCCUGGAUGAAGCCACCAGUGCCCUGGAUGUCCAGUGUGAGCCCGCCCUGCAGGAUUGGAAAUCUCAUGGGGACCGAACGGUGCUGGUGAUCACUCACAGGCUGGAGACUGUGCAGAGUGCUGACCAGAUCCUGGUGCUCAGGGAGGGAGAGCUGCUAGAGCAUGCACAGAUCUUGGAGGGGCAAGACCUCUAUUCCCGCCUGGUGCAGCAGCUACUGGAGGACUGAGGCCCCAGGGCUCUAGGGCCCUUCUCCUGGCCAUCUGCAUGAUCCAGAGGAGCUUGUGCUCCGAGUUUCCCUGGGCUUGUGCCCCUGGAUAGUUGCUCCUGGAGCUUGGGGCAUGAUGGAAGUUUGGACCACGUGUGCUCCUACCACGGCUGGCAGUCGAGGUGGGGAGAGGUGGUGGUGCUUUCUGUGUCCAAGAGCCUCAUUUCCCUGGUGCUGCAUAGUGUAUUGUGGCAUGAUACAUCUAUUUAAAAAUAUUUUCCUUAUUAUGUAAAUAGCACGUAUUCAUCAAGAAAAGUAAAACUAACCCUUGUUUCAUUUCCCAGAGGUCGCUAUAGCUACUAUUUUGCCAGCUAUCUUGUGUCUUAUGUGUUCUUUGAGAUAGAUAUUAGCCAUUGUGACAUAAAUAUUUGUGAGGUUGCCUUUCUGUGUCUUUCCCCAUUCACACUGAUGUCUGAUAUUUUGGAGGAGGCUAAGGUAUGGAGGGGUAGAGCAGGU